GCAAAAAGCGGUAAACCACGAUUACUUGUUUUGUGUUGAAGAAACAUACUAUAAUGCAAAUUUCAAAAUUCACUGAUUCCUGGCUUGCAAGGUGUAACGGUUCUCUUCCAAUUUCUUGGCCUUUCCUCUUGCCAAAUCCUGGGAGAGCAAAAUGCAGACCAAAUUUCUCUUCGAUUUACAGGGUUUGAGUCCAGAUCCAAAUUUCUUCUGCAAAUCAAGCCAAAUACCACGACAAUCCUCCAUUUCACACAACAUAUGCUCGGUAUCCAGCCUUUCACACACCCUGCGUUGUCGCACCGCUAAGUUAUCAUCCCAGAUCAAUGUCCGCAGGCGAAUCGCAUCUGUAUUGAAGAGGAAAAAGAAAUCCGGAUCUUCGCGGUCGACUAAGAUCUUGUUGCAGUCGGCUUACUUGGUAGCUUCCAAUCUCAAGAUCUUCCCAGAGCCGUUUGAUUCGCUGAUACGAGAAUUUAUCGGUGGAAAUGGGGGUGGAGGCGUUUUCCUUAAGGGCUAUGGAGGGGAAGGUUCCGGCGGGAGAAGGAGCGGGAAAAGAAACUGGAUUGUUAUUGUUAUGGGAAUCAUUGUCAUUGUAGGUCUCGCCUUGUCACUGGCAUUGUGGAAAGAGCUCGAUUUAGAUAUGGUGAUUGUUGGUUUGGGGCUGUGCCUAUUUUUGCUGUCAGUCAAUGUGUGGAGAAGAAAAGUUCUGGAUUGGGUUUUGGGGUUCUGCUGCUGUGCAUUUGGAGGUUUUGUCUUCAAUGAAGAUUUGCAGAGAGGGGUUAAGUUUCUGGAGGCCAUGAAGAUUGCCAAGAGAAGGAAAAGAAGAUGCUCUUGAGAAGAAAGGGAGUGUUCUAUAGGUAAGAAAAUGUUCUAUUUUCAUUCACUAAGAGGAAUUCUCACUUAUGUGCUUAAAGUGUUUGCUGAUUUGCGGCUGUGAGAUACUGAGAUGUGCCUACCGAGUAUAUAUGUCAAUGCAGCUCCAUUUUUUUCAUAUAGAUAUUAAUUGUAUAAUGCCAUUGAGCCAUUGAGGACUUUGUUUUUUUCUAUUAUUGAGAAUGCAGAUUUUUUUUCCUGAUAUAGUAGUAGGAGCCUAUCACGAAUGAAUGAAUGAUAUUAUAUUGGGAGUUUUAUUUAAUUUGUACUUCA